AUGUACAGCAACGACCCUGUCCUUGAAAGGAGUCAGUCCUUCAACCUAAGCAACAUAUAUUCCUCCAAAGAGAACAAACACCACUACAGUUCAGGAGGAUGGCAGCGUAUUAAAUCUCAAGAGAAACUUAAUGUCACUCCAUACAAUGCCAUGGCUUUUGUCAUCAUCACCCUUCAGACAUUUGCUGGCAUGUGGAUAAAUGGUUUACUCUCUCUGCUGUGUGUUGCUUGGGUGAAAAAGAUAAUCUUUAAUGAUAUCUUGCUGUUUCUGGGGUGCUGCAGGUUAGUGGAUUUGUGCAUCACCUGGGUGUAUUCAUUUCUUACACUAAUUUAUCCCUACUGCUUUUAUGUUCACCCCAUGCUCCAAGUGUUUGCAGGUAUCCUAGGCUUUUUAAAUUCCUCUAAUGUGUGGAUUUCUGCCUGUCUUUGUGGUUUUUAUUGUAUAAAAAUUGCAAACUUCCAGCACACCUCCUUUAAGUACCUGAAGGUAAAAAUUGAUAGGAUUGUGCCAUGGCUUCUUUUUGCAUCUGUGCUCUUAGCACUGGUCAUGGGAAUCCUUGACUAUGACAGGACUGACAAUGGAUGGGGUGCCCACAUCAGAGCCACAAAAUCUCUUUUGUCUUUCAUCUUCAUUUACAGCAUCAACUUCACUGGAUUCAUCUCGACAAUGAUUUAUGCCACAAAGAAAGAAAUUAGUCUGAUGUUUCUGAUUUCGCAUGCUCUUCCAGUUGUUCAUUCCCUUAUUCUGAUUUUCAGCAAUCCCAAGCUAGAAAAGGCAUUUCUCAGGAUUUUCACAAGGGAUAGGAGCUAUGGCAAAAGCUGA